AUGUACGCCCUCACCCCCUUCCUCUUCGCGGCCCUCGCCAUGAGCGCCGCCCUUCCCCAGCCCGCCGCCGUCGAGGUCCAGGCUCGCCACAACCCCCAGUACGUGGUCAAGUUCUGCUCCGGCAACAACUGUUCUUCCACCAAAGCAGGCAACGCCGGCGGGUGCCACAAGCUCCCCAAGGCCUACACUUCCAUCACCUUCGACUCCCACCUCUCCCGUUGCAUCGCCUUCCAGACCGGAAACUGCGCGCCCAGCGAUUCCAACGACGCCAACUCCGAGAAUGUGGGCGAGCUGAAGAAUUCCUUUGAUGUGACGACGAGUGCGGCUGCGAAGGCUAGCAAGAUGACUAGUAUUGGGAGCUUCUACUGUGAGGGCUUCUGGCAUUGA